UAUUUAGAAUAUCUAGCCGCGGUCACACUACAAUCGCUGGACCCACACGGCUAAUAAGAAUUGACAAGGAAGUAAUUCAAUAAACUUUUUAGAAAUAAAUGAAAUCAGUGAAAAAUUAAUUGCGUACAUUACAAACACACACAGUCACACAAAAUAGAUACGAAGAAUCUAUUAGCUGAGUAAAGAUAGAAAGAAACAAGUGCAAGAAGACAAAUGGCGCACAUAUUGGAAAAUCAAUUAUUUGCUGCUGCGCAGGUGAUUGAACAGCAGUUAGAUCAAGAGUUCGAUCGCUUGGACAACUUGGACACCGAUGACUUGAAAGCGUUGCGCGAGAAGCGGAUACAAGAAAUGAAGAAGCUUAACAAUAAAAAACAGGAAUGGCUCAGAAACGGCCAUGGUACGUAUUCGGAGCUAGCGGACGAGAAGGAAUUUUUCGAGGUAUCCAAGAAAUCGCCCAACAUUGUGUGUCACUUCUACAGAGACAGCACCGAACGCUGUCGUAUCGUUGAUAUGCAUCUCAAGAUACUCGCCGCUAAGCACAUUGAGGCCAAAUUCUGCAAGGUUAAUGCCGAGAAGAGUCCCUUUUUGACACAGCGUCUGCGCAUCAAGGUGAUACCUACAAUAGCUCUGGUCAAGGAUAGUAAAACCAAGGACUUUAUCGUUGGAUUCUCCGAUUUGGGCAACUGCGAUGAUUUCUCCACAGAGAUGCUGGAGUGGCGCAUCGCCCACUCGGGCGCCAUUGAGUACAAAGGGGAUUUGUUGCAGCCUCCAGAUGUUAAGCGCAAGCCAUUCAUCAAUCGCCCACAGAAGACCAUACGCGGUGGCUAUGAUUCGGAUGAUUCAGAUAUCGAUCUGGAUGACUAACGUCAUUAAGACGCCAACAUAACAAGUACUCGAGCUGCUUGAGAGAGAAACGAAAGUAUAACAAACCAACAACACAACAAAAACCAACAAGGAAAAUCAAAAACUUAGCACAUGAAUGUAGCGAAAGCAAUUAGGCAUACUUUAGCGUUAUUUAUUUAAUUGUAUAAUUCCAAUCGAGCUCUUGCUAAACUCUAAUCCUAAUCCCAAAUCCCUUCUAACAUUCACUUACUACGAUGACGUCUGGUUGGUUAAGUGUGCUCAAAGUUUGGCUGCCUUUUUCCUUUACCAAUCACUCACUGCCCCCAGAUAGAUAUUCUAAUCUAUUUUUUUUACAUCACCCUUUGUUUUUUUUACAUUCAAACGGGCCUUACACGCCUUUGGCACAACAUAUGGAAUAGUUCUAACUGAUUCAUAAAAAAGAAAUUUACUUAACAUAGCAUAUAGCAUAUAAACAUAAAAGACAAAAACAAAGCUGGCAUAUAUUUUGAACAAUAUUUGACCUUUUGUGCAGCGAUGCAAUUUUCCUAUUGUAGUGAAGAGAGAUACAACUAACAACUCACAAUGUACAAGUUUUUUACAUUUAUUUUUGUAAUUCUACAAUUGCGCAUCCAAAAAAAGAAAAGCAUAA